GUAGAAACAAAACUUGUGUUCCCUUUUUACCCCCAGACGGGACGAAAUACAAUUUAACGAAACAGCACUAGAAGACCGCAGCGAAUUUAUGUAAUAUAUUGCACUUUCAUUUACAUAUUAAAACACGACGUGAAGGUUGGAGUGAAGUCGGCCGUGUUGUUGCACAAACGGACUCCGGUGUUAACUGUUUAGUUUGGCGCGUGCGUCUCUCGUUGUUAAGAGAUGCUGUCCACCGGAGACGUCCAAGGAUGUCUCCGUCAACUGGAAACUCUCCUGCGGGUGAUAAAGUACCCGGGAUAUGUCGACUACAAUGGCCUUUCCAAAGGAGAUCCCUCUGCUUUUCUACCAAUUGUGAGCUUCACCCUCACCUCCUUCUCUUCACCUUUUGCAAAGCAGCUAAUGGAGGCUGGACUGGAACUGACUGGCAAAACUGACCUCCGAUUCACUGACACUCUUUAUAAGGUGCUGCGAGAUAUCUUCCACUAUAAACCCAUACUGACCAAGCAGCAGUUCCUCCAGUGGGGUUUCUCUCAAAGGAAAAUCUCUGUCAUCUGUGACAUCAUUAACUUGGUCCUGCAGAAACACAACCAGCUGAAGAAGCCAAGAGUCAGAUGUCCUACUUCAAACAAGGAUGAUGGAGGAGAAGCUCAUCCAAUACUGACUGAUGCAGACACUGUGUCCAAGAGGCCUUUUGUUGUGAAUCACGGAGAAAAUUCCUCCACUUUUCCUAAAAACUCCUCUGUGGAAGAACUCUUCUCCCAUGAUGUAAUAUGUGCCUCUCAUAAUGAAGUGUACUCCACCAAUUAUCCUGUAAAUGGGAUCACAGAGCUGGCAGGAUACAAGGGGGACAAGGAAAACCUUCUUUACUCAUCAGAGGUGGAGGGAAGGCUCUCAGCACUGGAAGCUCAGCUCGGGAGUCUUCAGUCUGGGAUGGACAGGCUCAUUAUUCUGGAGAAACACGUGGAGAAACUAAACAAACAAAGAAUCACAGACAAGAAUGAAGGAGAAGUCAUCACUAUAUCCAGAGAGAGCUGGGAAAAUCUGAUGAGCAGAGUGCUGUUAUUGGAGACAAAACUAGAUCUGAGCAAUAUACAGUUAAGUGUCCCGCUGCCAUGUCCGUCAUCUGAUUCCUCCCUUUUUUGCACCAUGUCUGAUGAUUCAAAGGAGAACCUCAAGGACAGACUGGAGAAGAUUACCAACAUGUUGAAGAGCACCUCAAGUCUGCUGAAGAACACAUAAUCUACCACAACACUGUAAAUAUAUUAUGACAAAUUACCAUCAGUUGAGUUUGGGUUUAAUUAAUAAGCACAUUCUUAAUGCACUUUUCUAUUGUUUUGGAUUGACAAUGUUCGAUCACCGUGAUCUUACUACGAAGCCAUCUGAACUUUAGACUGUUGGAGCUCAGUCAAAUGAAAUGAAUGUCCAGGAAUAAAGGCCUCGCCUUAUAUGAGAAGUGAAUGCUUUUCAAAUAGCUACACAAAUCUUAAAACUUGUUUGAUUUGUUUUUCUUUUACUAUUUUUAUUUUUACAAUUGAUAACCCCUUUCACAAUAUUGUGUUUCAUCGGUGAAUAUUAUCUAUCCUGUGGACCACUUUUAAGCUGACGAAAUAAACUUGAAGCCUCUGACUAACUACAAACUUGUACUACUGUAUUUCAAUAAUGCAAAACCAAGUUGGCACCAUGAAAAUAAUUGUGUGCAACUGACAAUGUGGGCUAGGCUGCUAGCUUUGAGCCUUAAUAUACCCACAGUAAACCAACAUGUGUGAUGUUUCUGACUGGCUUAAUGGGCUGUAGAUUAACCUUAUAAAAUGUUUUACUAUCUAAAAUACACAAUGGCUACAUAUGUAAAUUGCUGAACAUGUUACAGUCAGCAUAUUUCUGUUUAAAAUAGGUUUUAGAUCCAAACGGGUGCAACAGUGAAAGUUAUUUCACAGACUAUUUGAGGACUUAAAUAUUCAUAUUUAGACCAUUUUUCAAUGAGAUUUGCUAUUCUAUUUCUGGAACUCAGAUCAACACCUUCACAAUCCAAUAACUUUAGCAAUAUUCUAGUUGUUUCUCUGCCAGUCACAAUUCCAUGUAACCAACACUAUUGGUGCAUCCAUCUGUAACCAUGACACUGACCAAAUGUUUCCAGUUGCUGUUCAAUAAAGUUGUCAACCUCA